AUGGAGGACGAAGAAGAUAUAACUCAAGCCUACGAUAACAGCCACCGUGCGUUUCUACAGGCCUUUAUGGCUCGCGGCACCAUGACGUUCAAUCAAGCACAACCUAUCCUAGCCGCUAUAUUCACAGUCCACGACCUAGACGAGCACAAAAACGGUAACAUCGAAGAGGAGCCCGAAGUGACACGACCGGAACAAGUCACACGUGAAGAUUUCGAGUCGUACGUAUCGGCAGUAUCGGCCGCUAUCUCCCCUUUCGACAUGGAAAUCCGAUCGACCACGCACCAAGUCUCUAAAGAGCGCGUGUAUUCUCUCAUCAACACGACAUCAGACCCCAUGACGCAACUCGCAACGCUGCGCUCGGCCGAAGAGAUGGCGUUUGUAAGGAGAGUGAUCGACGCCAUGUUCGACCGGUACAACUCCCCCAGAAUGGAAGUCCUAUGUCUAGACGGCAUGCAGGCUAAUAAACUACGAACGGCGCCGCGCAACGAAGACGACGGGAGCGGCAACGGCAACGGUGCAGGGGAAAAUGGUGUAGGCAGUCUGAAGGGUCUCAAAAGCAGCGAGGUAGAACAGGUCCUGCGCGGCCUCGUCGACGAGGGCUGGUUCGAGCGCAGCCGCGCGGGCUUCUACUCGCUCUCGGCGCGCGCGCUGACCGAGCUCCGGCAAUGGCUCGUCGACGCGUACAACGACGCCGACGCGGGCGAUGCCGAGUGGCAGCGCGUCAAGUUCUGCGAGGCGUGCCGGGAGAUUGUGACGGUGGGCCAGCGGUGCGCGGAGCGCGACUGCUGCAUCCGGUUGCAUGAUAUUUGCCAGGAGGCGUUCUGGCGCACUCGGAAGGAACGCGCGUGUCCGCGGUGCAGCACGGCGUGGACGGGGAAGCAUUUCGUGGGGGAGAGGGCGGUUACGGAGACGGAAGCUUACCAGAGGGGACGGAGACGGAGUGGUAGGGGGGGUGGACGGAGUAGUCUUGUGGAGGAUAUUAUGGAUGAGGGGGAAGAUGAGGAUGAGGAGUGA